CUUCCUUCUCUUUUCAGUUAUUUUCAUGAAUCCAACAUUGGGGUCCUUAGGCUCACUUAUCAUUGAUGAUAUUCGUUUUCUAAAUGGCACUGAACGUCGAAAUGUAGUUGGUGGAGGAGGCGUUUUUGCAAUUUAUGGCAUGCGUAUUUGGUUACAAGGAAAGGAAGCAAAACAAAUUGGAUAUGUUGCACAACGUGGAUAUGAUCAUCCAAAAAAUGUAGAUGAUGCAUUAGCUUGUUUGGAAAUAAAUCUCGUAGAGAAAACACAUCCGGAUAAGCAUACUACUCGCGGUUUAAAUACAUUUGGUCCAGACGAUCAUAGAGAUUUUGAAUAUAUCCAUCCUAUCAUACGAUCAACUCCAGAUGAUUUCCCUGACGCAUGGAUUCUAUCAAUGAAAUUAGUACAUAUUAUCAGCUCUACCGAACGUACCAUUGAAAUUGUUUCUGAAUGGAGAAAAAGGGAAAAAGAACUCAACAAAAAACAAUCACCAACACAAUUUUUAUGGGAACCUUUACCAUGGGCAUGUUUACCUGAGAACUAUCCUGCCAUUAUUCAAGCUGGACAACUUGUUGAUAUCAUUAGCCCUAAUCAUGAAGAAGCAGCUGCCUUUCUUAAUUUGACGACACAGUACGAUGAUACGAUAUCUUUGGUGGAAGCUUGUGGACAACGAUUUGCAAAGGAUUUCCCGCAUGCCACCAUUGUGAUCAGGGCUGGAAAACAUGGUGCUGCCGUGUUGAAUUCCUCCAAAUCAUCAUCAUCAUCUAUGACAUGGGUACCUCCUUAUUGGACUUCUUCAGAACAUAUCGUAGAUGUAGUAGGGGCAGGAAAUGCGUUUUGUGGUGGAUUUAUGGCUGGAUGGCAAUUGACAAAAGGAAAUGCAAUCAUGGCUACUCUGUAUGGUUCUGUCUCAUCUAGUUUUGUAGUUGAACAAGUUGGUGUACCUGUUUUAUCCAAGGAUAACCAAGAAGAAACAUGGAAUAAUGGUCCAUCACCUAGAGAUCGACUGUUACAACUUGAACAAGUCUGUGGAUUUAACGCAGUGUAAUAUAACUAGAAGAUUAUUAUAGUGUACCUUUUUUUUUGGAAUAAAAUAUAGAUAUAUAUAAUUAUUAUAGAAAAAGGAUACGAUAAAACAAUGUACAAUCUUCAUCAUCAUUAUC